AUGGCGAUGCCAUUUGGGAUCGGCGCCUCUUGGACAACGGUCACAGACACAGAUCACAUGCUCAGAGCGGCAGCCAUUGCAGACAAAUCGGCAGUCACAACUGCACCGCACCCGAAUUCCGGCUGCGUAAUAGCACGGGGCCCUAAAAUCAUAUCUGAAGCUUUUCUGCGCGCCCGAGGGGAAAAGAGCGCGGAAAUACAGGCCGUGGAGAAGGCCCGAGGGUUAGCCAGGGGAGCAACGGCCUACUUGAAUUUGGAGCCAUUUGCAGACGACGCCAUGAGAGCGUUGCUCGAGGCAGGGCUCUCGAGAAUAGUGAUAGGAUUGGAAAAUCCAGUGGAAAACCUAAAAGGAAAAGCCCUAGAGAGCUUCAAAAGCGCCGGAUUGAAUGUUCAGGUGCUGGGUACGGGAUCCGGGGCGGAUAAUAGGUAUAUAAAAGAGGCCGUUGAAGCGUGCCGAAAUGUGAACGCACCGUUGCUCCACACCGUUGCUCAUGGGAUCCCGUUGUCGGUGCUGCUGACGGCGGAGGGUGGUCACAUGGGUGCGGAGCGGUUGGCAGAGUUGCGGUGUCGGUGUAAUGGUGUUGUGCUUUGGGGGAACGGUGCGCUGCGGGUUGCGUAUGACUUGAUGGUGGGUCAAAUGCGAAUUGGGCACUUGCCUGUGCGGAUCGUGGUUUUAAAGGAGUUGGAUUUUGUGGAGGAUGAUUCGUGGCUAUGGGACGUGUCUGUGUGUCGGACGAUCGUUGCUACUUGUCGAGGCUCGCGAGCGGAGUUUCGGAAGAGGUUGGGCUCUAGAGGCGUGGAGGUGGUGGAGUUGGAGGAGCUCACCCCUAGAGCUCUCAUGGAGUAUUGUUAUCGGCAACUUGGUUUUAUGUCUGUGCUUUGGGAAUGUGGUGGGGAGUUUGCUGCAUCAGCAAUUUUGGGUGGGGUGAUUCAUGAGGUUCUUACACUUGGGGGAGAAAGAAAGCUCAUUUCAACAUUUCGGGAGGCGGGGGAUGAUGUGCUUCUCAAUGCUAGGGACCAUUCUUAA